AUGUGUUCCACCAAUCACUCCAACUGGGUAACAUUUGACGAUGACAACACACCGCUGUCCUCCCCACAAAAACCACUACAGUCACCAGAGUGUAUUAAAGUGGCACUUCCACGCCCCAAUGGACUUAAAUUAGUGUUUCCUCCUAUUAGAGACACUUCCUGGAGCUUCAACAGUUCCCUGGAAUCUCCUCAAAGCCAGUCAAGUGCCAGUGGACGUUCCUCUCUUUCGAGUAACACACCCCUUUGCACACCUAGGAGUGGCAUUCCAAGUGUCUCGUCUCCAUUUCGCUCCAACUCCAGGGAGGAAAGUAACUUCUUCAACAACUUCAACAACACACCGGGAGCCUCUGUUCCCUCUUUUGCACCGGAAACCCCAAAUCUAUGCACUGACGGACCAACACCCUUUCCUACUUUCCAGGGGAACUCUGGACACUUAAACCCUUUCUGGGACAGCUCCGGACACAGCGUUGAUGCGGAGAGCUCCUCCUCAGACUCUGAAUGUGACAAUAGUUUACCACGUUUCUUUAUACGGACCAAAGAUGGCAGUGAACCUCCACGUGAUCACCUCCAAAACACUUUGUCUUUAGUUUGCAACAAAAUUGAAGGGCUGCGAGCAGAUUUGGACAAUAAUGGUGGGACAGAUACACAGAAGAGCGACGACAGGCGGCUCAGUUCGAAAUGUGAGGUGAUAAGCGAUGGUCCCCCUGAGUUUGUCCCCCGUGGUUUGUUUCGUAGCCACAGGAGAGACGGAUGGCCUGUAAUGCUCAGGAUUCCAGAAAAAAAGAACCGCAUGUCUUCAAGGCAAUGGGGCCCAAUCUAUCUUCGCUUGUUACCAGGGGGUGUGUUGCAGAUGUACUAUGAGAAAGGUCUCGAGAAGCCCUUCAAAGAGUUUCAACUACUGCCUCAUUGCCGGCUCUCGGACCUCAAGAUAGAAAGCUACAGUGAGCCCCGCAAAGUCCUCACAGUGAAAGUUGAACAUUUCACCUACAUUGAAAAGAAACGCUACCACCCCAAGCUGGAGGUGAAUCAUGAAGCAGAAGUGGAGCAACUGCUCAAGUUUGGCUCAACUGUACAUAAAGACAUGGAAGACCUUGUGGUCUCCAUGGAGGAGGAGAUCUUUAAGCUGCCUUUGCUACACCAACCUAGGCGGAAUUACGAGGAGCAAGAGCUGUCACUGCAGAUCACUGACCACAUGUGGGUGCAACAAGAUAAGUUUGGAGGAGUUAUGGAACGCACUGCCUUUACACAGAUUCACUGUCUUGCUUUCCUGAAUGGAGUUGGCGAUUGCUUUCUUGCACUAAACGAUCUCAACCUCUUGCGUUCAAAUGCAAGUUAUGGAUCAGAAGAUGGCACUGAGAUCUGGAUGGAGAUCACAGACUCCCGCUUUCACAAGUGUGUGAAUGAAACAGAGUUUAGCACCUCCAGACUGAUAAAAUUCUGCCCACCUGAUGCAUGUAGGGUGGAGCUGAUGCGGUACAAGACAAUGUUUUUGGGUUGCACAGAAGUUCCUUUUUCUAUAAAAGCUGUGGUGACAGUUCAAGGUGCCUAUGUGGAGCUACAGGUCUUUCUUAAUAUGUCAGGGACAUUUAUCUCCACAAUGGGGGUAUCGGACACAUAUCCGCUGUGUGAGAAUGUAGAAGUGCGAGUGCCGGUACCGGGUGAAUGGGUGAAAGUGACACAAACAGCGGCCUUACUGCGCCAGCGAUCACUAAAGGCCCGUAUGAACAGAAAUGCCUGCUUGGGGUCCUUCGGCACUUUGCAGUCACAGCCUGUCAUGCAGGUGUCAGUUGGCAGUGUCAAGUAUGAGAACGUCUACUCUGCUGUUGUAUGGAAGAUUGACAGACUCCCGGCAAAGAAUACAGCAGUCAGCCACCCUCAUUCAUUCUCCUGCAAACUAGAGCUUGGAUCUGACCAGGAAAUCCCAAGCGACUGGUAUCCCUUCAUCACCAUGGAAUGUGAGAUUAUGGGCGCCGUCGUGUCACAGUCUACAGUCAAGUCACUGGGAACGGUCAAUGACAUCCAGCCGCAGAAACACGUGACCAGCUGGACACGCUAUCAUUGUCAGGUGGAAGUGGAGAAAAAAAUGAUUGAAACAGAAUCAAAGAAGGAAGGAAGUUGUAUGACACAGUGA